GCAAGAGCCUUCUACUACUGUCGGCGACAUGGACGCCACCACAGCACCCCACCACAUCCCAGUGGAAAUGCCCAAAUAUGGGGAGCAGCAUCAUAUCUUCGAGAUGAUGCAGGUUAUGCUACAGGAACUCUUGAUUCACCAACCAGAGGAGCCCAUUCAGUUUAUGUUAAAUCACUUGCAACGAGACAAUGAUACAGUGCCAAGGAUUUUUAUAUUGGGCCCACCUGCCUCUGGAAAAACGACUAUUGCUAUGUGGCUCUGUAAACAUUUGAAUGCCACCCUCAUUACACUGCAGAACUUAAUAUGGAAUGAAUUUUCGGUACUAGCUGCUGCAGCAAUUCAAAUCUAUGAAGCAAAUCAGUCAAUUCCUGAUUCACUACUGAUGAAAUUGCUCGAAGAACGUAUGGAAAAAGAUGAGUGCAUCUCAAAGGGCUGGAUCAUGGAUGGCAUUCCUGAAACUCGAGAACAGGCACUGAUGAUACAGACUUCUGGAAUCUCUCCCAGGCAUGUCAUUGUGCUGAGUGCUCCAGAUACUGUCCUGAUUGAGAGAAAUCUGGGCAAACGGAUUGAUCCUUACAAUGGAGAGGUUUAUCAUACAACUUUUGACUGGCCCUCGGAGCCUGAAGUGCAGAACCGGCUGAGGGCGCCUUUGGGCAUCUCUGAGGAGGAAACGGCCAAGAGGCUAAUGGAGUAUCACAGGAACAUUAAUAGGAUUCUCCCUUCUUAUCCUAAAAUUUUGAAGGUUAUCAGUUCUGACCAGCCUUGUGUUGAUGUCUUCUACCAAGCUCUGACCUAUGUCCAAAGCCAGCAUCGGUCGAAUGCUCCUUUUACUCCAAAGAUUUUGCUCUGUGGACCCACGGGCAGUGGGAAAAGUCUACAGGCAGCUCUCCUUGCUCAGAAAUAUGGCAUUAUCAAUGUCUGCUGUGGGCACCUGCUGAAAGAAGCAGUUGCAAGCAAGACGAAUGUUGGAGAACUCAUCCAGCCAUUUUUUGAAAAGGAAAUGCAAGUUCCUGAUCAAAUCAUCAUAAGAGUCCUGAUAAACCGUCUCAGUAAACAGGAUUGUAUUUGCUAUGGUUGGGUGCUUCACGGUUUCCCUCGAGACUUAGACCAAGCAACUCUCCUGGAGAGUGCAGGAUUCAUGCCCAACAGGGUGUUUUUUCUGAAUGUGCCAUAUGAUUCUGUCAUUGAACGGUUAACUCUAAGAAGAACAGAUCCAGCCACAGGAGAAAGAUAUCACCUCAUGUACAAGCCGCCUCCGACCAUGGAGAUCCAGGAGCGUCUCAUGCAGCACCCAGAGGAUACAGAGGAGAAAGUGAAGCUCAAAAUAGAUGUUUUCUACAGAAAUUCUUCUUUGCUGGAAGAAUACUUUGAGAAUGUCAUUUAUGUCAAUGGGGAUCAAGACCCUUAUACUGUCUUUGAGUACAUAGAGAGUGGGAUCAUUAUGCCUUUGCCCACUAAAGUCCCAAUAUAAGCACAAAACCCAGUGGGGGUUUUACUUUCAUAGAGUAGCAUCCCACAAGGAUAUGUUUUAAUUUCUUUGAGUAUCUUAGGCCCAUGGAAAAUUAAAUAAAUAAUGCAUAUCACUCCUUUGGAGAGUAAAAUGACUGGAAAUAGCCUUGUUUAGGGGACCUGAGAACAAAUGGUGGGGAAAGGUAAGUGAAUGGGGAUGUCUUGACUUUCCUCAGUGUUUAGUAGUCAGAAGAAAACCUUACUGUGGGACUUAGUAAGUGGAAGGAAAGCAUAUAGGAUGAAUUCCUGGCAGGUACUGAUAUUAAUACUUUGAUUUUAAUAGAGCUUUAGCCCUUUCAGACCACUUUCAUAACCAAUAUCUAUCAUGUAUUAAAUGCUGAUACUCAUGGACCUGUGAUUUCAUUGAUGAUGAUAUUUUCUCUCCUUCAAAGGAAGCCACCCCUUUAUGCCUUAAUAUAUAGUCAUCAUCAAUUCCUGUGGCUGCAAAAUGCAACAUCUUGUGACUAACCUGGUGAGGAAUUACUCUAAAUUCCACUAGAUUGGCUUUUGUAUUAGGAUCCAUGGUUGGGCUCUUACUCAAGACUUCUCUAACUUAGUAGGAACUAUCAGAUGAUGUACUUCCCCUUAGAACCUUUGAGAACCCAGGAAUAACCACCUUCCUGUGAUGAGACACCACAAGAGGACUUCAAAG